AUGCUUUAUUGUGAUUAUUCAUUGCAUUUAGUCAUGUAUAAAAUUGAGAAAGACUGUCUUGAGCAACAAUUGACUUUAUUGGCAGAGGAGGGGAAAGUGACGAGCAUUAAGUUGUUUAUGACCUACCCCAAGUUGCAAAUGAGGGAUUAUGAUUUGAUGACAGUACUCUAUUAUGCCAGGAAGUGUGGAAUCACGGUCAUGUUGCACGCCGAAAAUGGGGAUAUGAUCCAGUGGAUGAUCGACUCGUUGGAGGAACAGGGUCACACAGAACCCUAUUAUCAUGCGAUUUCUCGUCCUUCUAUCUUUGAGGGAGAAGCAACGAACAGGGCAAUUGUUAUGUCUGAAGCAAUGGAUUCUCCCGUGCUCUUCGUCCAUGUUUCAGCACCAGAGGCUAUAAGAUCAAUUAGAGAAGCACGCUCCAGAGGCUUAAGUGUAUUUGCGGAAACAUGUCCUCAGUAUCUCCUUCUCAAAGCUGAGGACUUGAAGCGGAUACAUUGUCACGAUCCUUUUGAAGGUGCUAAAUACCUUUGCUCGCCACCACCCCGCCAUAGCGAAAAGGACCAACAAGCGGUAUGGAACGGACUCGAGGAUAAUUCCAUUACUAUUUUCUCGUCAGAUCACUGUCCUACCAAAUAUCACAGUGAAGAUGGAAAGCGUAUCGCUUUCAAGAACGGCCACAACGGUGAGUUCAAGUGGAUCCCUAAUGGCUGCCCUGGUGUUGAAACAAGGUUAGCUCUUCUCGCAAGCUUCGGAGUUCUAGAAAAGAAGAUUUCAUGGACCAAAUUUGUUGAGCUUAAUUGCAUUAACCCUGCCAAACUUUAUGGGUUAUACCCACAAAAAGGCACUUUGAACCCGGGUGUGUCGGACGCGGACAUUGUUAUUUGGUAUCCUGAAGGAACUUACAAAAAUUCGAUCUCUUCCAAGAAUUUGCAUACUGAGUGUGACUAUACGCCUUUUGAAGGUUUUAAUAUCCAUAACUGGCCCCGUUACAAUAUUUUGAAGGGUAAGGUUGUCUUUGAGGAAGGCAAAUUCACCGAUGAUGCAUCCAAAUCUGGCGCAUUCGUACCUAGAGGUAAGAGUCAGUUGGCUGUUCCAACUAACAAGUGGAUAUCUGAGUGGAGACCAUCUUAUAUGUAG